AUGGCUAGCGCAAGUGUUGGUGAAGAAGCUCAACAUAGCAACAAUAAGCUCACUCUAUAUUCAUAUUGGGUGAGUUCUUGUUCCUUCCGUGUCCGAAUUGCUCUCAACCUCAAAGGACUCAAAUUUGACUACAAACCCGUUAAUCUCUUGAAAGGAGAACAAUCUCAUCCUGAAUUUCUCCAGCUCAACCCUGUUGGUUUUGUUCCUAUUCUUGUCGAUGGCUCUGCUGUCAUUUUUGACUCCUUUGCAAUUAUCAUGUAUUUGGAAGAUAAGUAUCCUCAACAUCCUUUACUCCCUACUGAUAUCCACAAAAGAGCAAUCAAUUUCCAGGCUGUGAAUAUUGUUUCUUCAUUGAUACAACCUCUUCAAAACCUAGAUACUCUGAAGUACAUCGACAAAAGAGUUAGCCGGGAUGAUAAACUUCCAUGGGUCCAGAGUGUAAUUAGAAAAGGCUUCACAGCACUUGAAAAGCUAUUGCAAGAACACACUGGGAGGUAUGCUACUGGAGACGAAGUUUUGAUGGCGGAUAUAUUUUUAGCACCCCAGUUACAUGCUGCAUCUAAGAGAUUCAACAUUGACAUGAAUGAGUUCCCUAUUCUUUCAAGACUACUUGAGACAUAUUAUGAUAUCCCAGCAUUCCGGGAGACUUUGCCUGAGAAUCAGCCAGACGCAGUAGGCCAGCUGAGUCAAUGA